UUGAGGCCUACAUUUGCAUCCUCUCCCUCUUCCAUCCCCAGCACAUCAUGCUGCUUUCUUGGACCCUUACCCUGCCCUCCUACGCCAUACAAUGGCUGAUCCCUCCCCUGUUUGCUGCCAUGCUCCUCUUCUGCCUCCUCAGGCUGCCUCCCAAGGCCUCCCGCUCAACCAUGUCUCCGCCCGGCACCUCUGGCUGGCCUCUCCUCGGCGAGACUCUCCAUUUCCUCGCCUCCGCCUACACCUCCGGCCCCCUCUCCUUCAUGGACCGCCGCUCCUCCCUGUAUGGGAGGGUGUUCAAGACGAACAUAUUGGGAAGUGAGGUGAUAGUGUCGGCGGACGCGGAGGUGAACAAUAUGAUAUUGCAGAACCAGGGAAACGUGUUCGUGCCGGCGUAUCCCAAGUCCAUUAGGGAGCUGAUGGGACAACACUCCAUUCUGCAGAUGAAUGGCAACCUUCACAGGAAGCUGCAUUCCCUCAUUGCUGGAUUCCUCCGAUCCCCUCUUCUCAAAUCUCGAAUCGCCGCUGACAUCCAACGCUCUGUCACCCACUGCUUAGCUUCUUGGAAUCACCACCCAUUCAUUUACGUUCAAGAUGAAGUCAAAAAGAUUACUUUUACAAUUCUGGUGAGAGUUCUGAUGAGCAUUGGUCCGGGAGAAGAAUUGGAGGCGUUGAAGAGAGACUUCGAAGAAUUCAUAAAAGGCUUGAUAUGCAUGCCCAUCAAGUUCCCAGGAACAAGACUGUAUAAAUCUUUGAAGGCGAAGGAGAGAAUGAUGAAGACGGUGAGGAAGAUAGUGGAGGAGAGGAAGACGGCGACGGAGGAGAAGGGAGCAGCGAGAGACGCGGUGGACGUGCUCUUAGGGGACAAUGGGCUAUCGGUGGAAGCAAUCAGCGGCAAUAUCAUAGAGAUGAUGAUCCCCGGUGAGGAGACCCUCCCAACGGCUAUGACCAUGGCCGUCAAAUUUCUCUCCGACUCUCCUCGCGCACUCUCCUCCUUGCGGGAGGAAAACAUGCAACUAAAGAGGCAGAAGACAGAUGGCGGUGAUGAUUACGAGUGGACAGAUUACAUGUCGCUGCCAUUCACCCAGCAUGUGAUUAGCGAAACUCUGAGGCUGGCCAAUAUAGUGAAUGCCAUCUGGAGAAGAGCAACCAAAGAUGUAGAAAUUAAAGGGUACAUAAUCCCAAAGGGGAAUUGUGUGGUGGCAUCCCUAAUGUCGGUUCACAUGGACGGGACGAUCUAUGAAAAGCCCUUGGAAUUCAAUCCCUGGAGAUGGGAGGAGCAGAGAAUGGAAGGGAGCGGCGGGAACAGCAAGAAGGGGUGGUACAGUCCGUUCGGAGGAGGGCAGAGGCUGUGCCCGGGGCUGGAAGUGUCGAGGCUGGAGCUGUCCAUAUUUCUGCACCAUCUGGUCACCACCUACACCUGGCAUGCCCACCCUGACCACAUCCUCUACUUCCCCACCGUCAAGAUGAGCAGAAAGCUGCCCCUUACUGUUCGACCCCUCUAAUGACCACUCCUCACACACUACUGUACAGCGCACACGCACACACACCAGAGGGGCUGGAGUUUUCGUGUAUAAUUGGGGCGGCUACGUUAGGCACAGCGUCACAUCCACCCCAUAAGUAAUAAUUCACCUUCAACCACUCUCUCCUCAAUUCUCUCCUCUCCAUUAUUAUGUCUAAUAAUACUCCAUUCUCUGUAUCUAUCCAUAUCUGCGUUCCAUCAAUAUAUACUUGCAUGUCAUCCCGUGCGUGCAUCUGCCCCUUCUACUGCCUCCCAUUCUCCGCUUUUUAAGCUCCCUCGCUCCUUUCUCAGCUGUAUUUAUUGAGUGUCAGCCUGCACACUUUAUAUCAUAUAAAUCCGCAUAUAAUAAAUACUAGAAGGGAAAUGUUGAUAACAUGUGAGCUUUACCAUAGGCCUCCUUGUGAGCCGUCAAUUCAAUCCCAGAGCAUAAUAUAAUAAAGACAUUGUAGAAUUUGCCACUGCUUACUAUCACUCAUUUUCUUUUGUAUUAUGAUUCUUCUGGGUAAUUUCAUGGGCGUGAAAUUCAUGUGAACAAAACCUGGAAGUAUUUUGAUCCAGAUAAUCAUUUUUCCUUCAUUCAUUACAUCAAAUCAACGCUCAGGAUCAUGCAUGGAGAUGGGCAUUGAGAGAAAAUAAGGGGACAAUUUAAUUCUUACGUGUCAUCCUUUCUCUAUAUGUUUGAACCUAUACAUGGAGAUUAUUCAAAUUAUAAUUUCCUGUCCCUUUUUAAAAA